GUGCACCAUAACAACAUCCGGAUCUCUAGGUGAGAAGGAGCAGAGAGGAGACAUCAGGCACUCAAGCUGUGAAGUAACGGAGGCUUUAGUUGUACCUCCUGUAUUCUCCCUGAUUCUUUGAGAAUGGACACAGACAGACAUCAGAAGAUGGAGAGAAUAAUAAAUCUCUCCCUAGAGAUCAUCUACCUGCUGACUGGGGAGGAUUAUGCAGUAGUGAAGAAGACAAGGGAUUUUGAGACACCCAGCAGCCGUCUCCGAGUGACAGGAUUGCUGAGCAGGAUCCAGAGUCCCAUCACGGUGCCUCCACAUCACUCUCUGAUACAUGAGAGACGCAAUGACCAGAAGAUCCUGGAAAUCACCAACAAGAUCAUUCAGCUGCUGACUGGAGAGGAGGGGGAGUAUAUAGAUGAACACAGGUUUCUGUACAAGGACGUGAUGAUGGAGAAUCACUGGCCCCUCACAUCACUGGAUGGACCCAGUAACAGAGAUACCCCAGAGAGUUGUCCCCGUCCUCUGUAUUCCCAGGAUUGUACAGAGGAGAAUCACAGGACCCCACAGGAGGAUCAGGUUGACGACAUGGUUGAUAUUAAGACAGAAGAUGCAGAGGGAGAAGAGAUGAAUGUGACUGAUGUAAAGGCAGAAGAUAUAGAGGGAGAAGAAGAGACGUAUGUGACUGAUAUAAAGGCAGAAGAUACAGAGGGAGGAGAAGAGACGUAUGUGACUGAUAUAAAAACAGAAGAUACAGAGGGAGAAGAAGAGACGUAUGUGACUGAUAUGAAGGCAGUAGAUAUAGAGGGAGAAGAAGAGACGUAUGUGACUGAUAUAAAGGCAGAAGAUACAGAGGGAGAAGAAGAGACGUAUGUGACUGAUAUGAAGGCAGAAGAUACAGAGGUAGAAGAAGAGACGUAUGUGAGGGGUGAUCAGCAGUGUAAGGAGGAGGAAAUCCCUACAGAUAUCAGCACAGCAGUUGGACACCUCAGCAGGAAUAUCUCAGAAGAAUAUCUCCGUUUCUCCUCAGAUGGUGAAAUCAAAGAUUACCUCACACAAGAUGUUCAUGGAGAAAACUCUAUUACUCCAUCUGGUCCCACUUCUCAUGGAGAAUGUUCUCUUGAUAACUCAGAUAUUGGUAUAUCUAUUGCAGCUCUUAGAGUAGAUAUGACUUUGCCUUCUUCUAUAGAUACCAAAUAUUUUACACAGAUCACAAAGUGUAUUAGCCAUCCCCCAGCUAAGGCAGGUGAGAGGCAGUUUUCAUGUUCUGAGUGUGGGAAAUGCUUUAAACGAAAACACACUCUUUUUACACAUCAGAGAAUUCACACAGGUGAAAAAACAUUUUCAUGUUCUGAGUGUGGGAGAUGUUUUACACGUAAAGGACAUCUUAUUAUACACCAGAGUAUUCACACAGGUGAGAUGCCAUUUCCAUGUUCUGAGUGUGGGAAAUGUUUUAGAGAUAAAUCACAUCUUGUUAGACAUCAGAGAAGUCACACAGGUGAGAAACCAUUUCCAUGUUCUGAGUGUGGGAAAUCUUUUAGAGAGAAAUCAGAUCUUGCAUCACAUCAGAGAAGUCACACAGGUGAGAAGCCAUUUCCAUGUUCUGAAUGUGGGAAAUGUUUUAGACGGAAAUCAAUUCUUGUUACACAUCAGAAAAGUCACACAGCUGAGAAGCCAUUUCCAUGUACUGAAUGUGGGAAAUGUUUUAGAGAUAAAUCGCAUCUUGUUAGACAUCAGAGAAGUCACACAGGUGAGAAACCAUUUCCAUGUUCUGAGUGUGGGAAAUCUUUUAGAGAAAAAUCAGAUCUUGCAUCACAUCAGAGAAGUCACACAGGUGAGAAGCCAUUUCCAUGUUCUGAGUGUGGGAAAUGUUUUAGACAGAAAUCAAUUCUUGUUACACAUCAGAGAAGUCACACAGGUGAGAAACCGUUACCAUGUUCUGAGUGUGGGAAAUGUUUUAGAGGUAAAUCAGAUCUUAUUAAACAUCAGAGAAGUCACACAGGUGAGAAACCGUUUCCAUGUUCUGAGUGUGGGAAAUGUUUUAGAGAUAAGUCAGAUCUUAUUAAACAUCAGAGAAGUCACACAGGUGAGAAACCAUUUCCAUGUUCUGAGUGUGGGAAAUGUUUUAGAGAUAAAUCAGUUCUUGUUAGACAUCAGAGAAGUCACACAGGUGAGAAACCGUUUCCAUGUUCUGAGUGUGGAAAAUGUUUUAGAGAUAAAUCGCAUCUUGUUAGACAUCAGAGAAGUCACACAGGUGAGAAACCAUUUCCAUGUACUGAGUGUGGGAAAUGUUUUAGAAAUAAAUCAGAUCUUGCGUCACAUCAGAGAAGUCACACAGGUGAGAAGCCAUUUCCAUGUUCUGAGUGUGGGAAAUGUUUUAGACAGAAAUCAAUUCUUGUUACACAUCAGAGAAGUCACACAGGUGAGAAACCGUUUCCAUGUUCUGAGUGUAGGAAAUGUUUUAGAGAUAAAUCAGAUCUUAUUAAACAUCAGAGAAGUCACACAGGUGAGAAACCAUUUCCAUGUUCUGAGUGUGGGAAAUGUUUUAGAGAUAAAUCAGAUCUUAUUAAACAUCAGAGAAGUCACACAGGAGAGAAACCGUUUCCAUGUUCUGAGUGUGGGAAAUGUUUUAGAGAUAAAUCACUUCUUGUUAGACAUCAGAGAAGUCACACAGGUGAGAAACCAUUUCCAUGUUCUGAGUGUGGGAAAUGUUUUAGAGAUAAAUCAGAUCUUAUUAAACAUCAGAGAAGUCACACAGGUGAGAAACCAUUUCCAUGUUCUGAGUGUGGGAAAUGUUUUAGAGAUAAAUCAGAUCUUAUUAAACAUCAGAGAAGUCACACAGGAGAGAAACCAUUUCCAUGUUCUGAGUGUGGGAAAUGUUUUACAUUGAAAUCAAAUCUUGUUACACAUCAGAAAACUCACAGGGUUUAAAAGCCAUUUCCAUGUCCUGAGUGCAGUUAAUGCAGUCAAAUUUCACACUGCCUAAGGAAGCAGACCGUGACAUGCAUUGCUCUUGGACACCACACAGAUUAUUGAUUUAACCAUUUUUUAUUUUAUUUUUGUUUAAAUUUCUAAUUGUUGUAAGCCUAUAUGUUAUUUUAUCUUUCUGAAGUGGGGUACACUUGGGAUUCCACAGGAAAUACAUCGGGGAUGUUGAUCCGAGGUACCAACAGGCUAAAGCUUUGACUGUUCCCAGGAUGCACGGCACCGCCUCCUCUAUAACCCUGCCUCCGGACUCUGGAGCUCAGUUUGUAAGUUGGUGCCUGCAGUGCAGGUCGACUAACAGGUGGGGCUGCGCUAGGCAGCCCUGAAAAGCUUUUUUAAGAAGACUUUAAGGGCUGCAGCACUGUUUAAUGUAAUUUUGACAUUCUGUGCUGCUGCUGCUGCAUACUCCCAUGGCUGAGUUCCCGUGUACUUGCAGCGGAGGCGCACCGGUCUUCAGGCACACCACCGCUGAUGCUCUCCUGAAUUGCGUGGCUGCACAUCAGGGAGGAGGUAAGAGGGUCCCCCAGGUGGGACCCACCGGUAAACCGUGGUCCCAGGAGACGGACUGCGCUGCUGGCAUUGACACUGUACUGCACAGGGACCCCACUAUAUCCACCAGGGCAGGGAGCACUGGUCGGAUUUACUAAAAUCCAUUUUACAUAGGCUCCACAGUACCCGGUGGUGAGAACCAGCAGAGGAGAUAAUCCGCUGACCUGUAGCCCCUCCCACAGCUCUAGGUGCCAUCUACUGCUGGUGUUCCUGCCCUGGAGCUGCAUUUCCUUCUCCCUCACUCCCUGACAGAUCCUGGCGCCAUCUUUACACUAAUAGCUGCGCUGAUCUCUGGGACUGCUGGGCACUGUCUCCUCUGUAAAGCUGCCUGUCUCAUCAGCACUAGUGCAUUUACAGGACACUUCAGUAUUUUACAUGUCAUUUUAGACAUUGUUAGUACAAGCAAUCUGUGAUAUACAUCCAGUAGUUACUGUGCAUUGUUAUAUCUGUAUUUAUACAUAUUUAUAUGUAUUUUUACUAGUCUAGUGCAGUUUUAUUGUUUAUCUGUAAUAACUUCUGCAUUGUACCUGUGACUGAGUGUGCCUGUAGCUGCUGUGUGGAUUCCAUUCUCGUGUAUCACACUACUUGCUAUCACUAUAUUCUGUACCCUGGGGGAUAGGUGCGUCAGGGUCUCAUAUUAUAUAGUGCUACACAGUAUAUCCUGGUAGGUAUUUUUACUGUGUGGUUCAGUCGCUUUAUACCGCAUUAAUUGUCUGCCCUGUAUUUCCUGUCACAUAACAGGGGGUUAUUUGCAGGUAUUGUAUUUGUCUGGCUAUAUUGUACUAUUGCGCUCUAAGGCUACAUUCUCUAUAAUGUCUGCCACACGGUGGGAAAUCCGUGCCCGCUUCUGCAUCAUGCAGUGCUGGCACCACGGAUUUACCUGAAGGUACUGGAUGCCAUAUACCUCCCAGUCAACCCGCAGCACCUGUGGCCAAUCAUGACCCACCUUGGGCAGCAUUCUCAUGUAUGCUAAACACACUUGUGACACGUCUUACGCCCCCUAUGGGACCUCCGGUACCAUUACAGCCACAGAUUGUCCCUGUAGUCAAUCUGCCCUGGGUGGACACUCUGUCUACUCAGUUACAACAACUAAAUCAAAUAUUGGUUAGUAAAAAGUCUACCCCAUGCCCCGCCGGGACCAAGGGGUCAGCUAAGCAGGUCAUUUCUUCCUCACAAUCCACUAAUAUUUCAGAUGAUUCUUCUGAUGAGAAUGGAGAAUAUACUGAUCCAUCAGACACUGAUACAGCUGAUUCUGAUGCAGAAUCUACAACACAGGUUGAUGUUCCUGACCUGGUGGAGGCUAUUAAGCUGAUUCUACAAAUAGAUGAUGAGAUUGAGCCCACUACUGUGUCUAAGAAACCUGAUAAGUUCAAACGUCAGAAGGGUCCUAAAGUAGUCUUACCACAUUCUGACAAUUUAAUUGACAUACGUCAGGAAUCCUGGGCAUCUCCAGGAAAGAAAUUCUCCCUGUCUAAGAAGAUGCUAGCUCGUUAUCCUAUCCCGGCGGACUUGAGUAACAAGUGGAAAACUCCACCGCCGGUGGACUCUCAUGUCACCCAUCAUGUGGUGUCAUCUACACUGCCUGUCACAUUACUGGAGGAACCGACAAAUAAGCGUGUGGAGGGUUGCCUGAAGUCUAUUUACUCCCUUACAGGUGCUGUACAUAGACCCACUAUAGCAGCCUCCUGGGCUGCGAAAGGAAAUGAUGCAUGGGUUCAGGCAAUUGAGAAUGAGCUGCCUCAGGAUUGUUCAGACACUGCCAGACAAUAUCUGUCUUAUGUUACCACAACCUCACACUAUAUUCAGGAGGCGGCCUCUGAGGCAGGUAUUAUGGCGGCCAAGGUGUCUACUAUGUCCAUCCUGGCUCGCCGGAUUCUGUGGUUAAGGUCAUGGAAGGUGGACCUGGAUUCUUAAAAGACCUUUGAGGUACUACAUUCUCUUUGGGGAGGAUCGGAAUCAGAUUGUGACUGACUUAGCGACUGCUAAGACUGCGUUUCUCCCAACUACUAAUCCUUUUGCUCUGAAGGCUAAGAGUACCACUUUUCGUUCCUUUCACCUUCCAGGGAAAGCAAAAGGUCAGGCAUACCGAAAACAGGCUCGUACCUCCAAAACCACUAAGCCCAAAAUGAAACAAUCUUGGGCCCUUCCGUCAGCCUGCUUCCAAACAAGACAAGCCUGCUGCAUGACUGGGUGGACCUCCCUCUGGGGGACCCCAGGGUGGGAGGCCGACUUCUGUUGUUCGCCCAGGUCUGGUUGAAGACCACUUUGGACGCCUGUGUGUGAGAAGUUGUCUCACGGGUAUACAUUCUCUUUUAAGAAACGCCCCCUUGCCAGUUCUGCAUGACUUAUAUCCCUGCAGACCCGUUGAAAGCGCAAGCUCUCCACUUGGUUGUACAAUCCCUCCUGGACACAGGAGUGGUAGUGCUGGUACCUCUGUCCCAAAGCUGCAGGGGAUACUAUUCAACCCUGUUUCUAGUUCCGAAGCCAAAUGGGUCCUUCCGGCCUAUACUCAACCUCAAAUCAUUGAACAAAUUUGUGAGAGUGUCCAAAUACUGUAUGGAAACUCUGCGCUGUAUUGUAUUGGCCAUGGAACCCAAAGACUAUAUGGUAUCCCUGGAUAUACAGGAUGCUUACCUGUAUAUACCUAUUGCCUUAUCGCAUCAGCAAUAUCUGCGGUUUGCUAUUGGCAACCUACAUUAUCAGUUCCAGGCUCUGCCAUUUGGACUGACCACGGCUCCUCUGAUCUUCACCAAGGUCAUGGCCGUGAUGACAGCUCAUCUCCGCCGUCAGGGAAUCAGGAUCCUUCCGUAUCUGGAUGACUUUCUGAUCCUGGCGAACUCCCGAGAUGUUCUCCUCAGUCAUCUGGAAUUGACACAAUUCCUACAAGGCCACGGGUGGCUCAUCAACUGGAAAAAGUCCUCGCUGGUCCCUGCUCAGAGCAUGGUGCACCUGGGGGCACUACUGGACACACACAAACAGAGACUGUUUCUGACUCCAGAGAAAGUCCUGAAACUUCAGGACAGGAUUAGAUACGUCCUCUCUCGCCCAAGAGUGAUGAUACACUUGACAAUGCAAGUACUAGGGCUCAUGAUGUCCGCUUUCAACAUGGUGGAGUACACUCAAUUUCAUUCCUGCCCUCUGCAGAGGUUAAUCCUUUCCAAAUGGGACGACCUGCCUCAUCGGAUCUGGUCUCCUGAUCUCCUUGACUCUGGGGGUUCGUUUGUCACUGAGCUGGUGGCUACAGGACCAGCAGUUAAGCAGGGGCCAUCCCUUUUUUAUGUCCAACUGGGUCCUCCUGACAACGGAUGCCAGUCUGCAAGGUUGGGGCACGGUGUUUGAGCAACACUCUCUCCAGGGUCGAUGGACCAGGGAGGAAUCUCUCCUCCCGAUUAAACAUUCUGGAAAUGCGGGCAGUGUUCAAUGUGCUGACGCUUGCCCUGCCUCUGGUACAGAACAGGCCUGUUCAAGUACAAUCAGACAACGCCACCACGGUGGUGUACAUAAAUCAUCAAGGCGGCACUCGAAGCCGCAUGGCAAUGCUGGAAGUAUCAAAAAUCCUCCGUUGGGCAGAACGCCAUCUGCCAGCAAUAUCGGCAGUGUUCAUUCCCGGAGUACUCAACUGGGAAGUGGAUUUCCUCAGUCGUAAAGACGUGCAUGCUGGAGAGUGGAGUCUUCAUCAGGAAGUCUUUCAACUCCUAGUGGACAAGUGGGACCUACCAGAUGUAGACCUGAUGGCGUUUUGACACAAUCACAAAGUUCCGGUCCUCAGAUCAAGAACCAGGGAUCCUCAAGCAGUGUUCUUGGACACACUGGCAAUUCCAUGGAACUUUCGGCUGCCUUACGUGUUCUCUCCAGUGUCACUCCUGCCCAGGGUACUACGGAAGUUCAAGCAAGAAGGAGGAAUACUACUGCUAGUCGCUCCAGCGUGGCCUAGAUGGUAUUUGUUCUCAAACCUGCAGGGUCUAUCGAUAGAGCAUCCUCUUCUACUUCCUCAACGCCCAGACAUCCUCGUUCAGGGCCCUUGUGUCUACCCGGACCUGGCCAGACUGGCUUUGAAGGCGUGGCUUUUGAAGCUUCACUCCUGAGGGCCAAAGGAUUCAUAGAGGCGGUUAUCCAAACUAUGCUGAAGGCCCGCAAACUGGUUUCUGCACGGAUUUAUUAUAGGGUCUGGAAUUCUUACUUCACCUGGUGUGAUGCUAAGAAUUAUAAUGCUUCCAAGUUUAGUACUUCCAGACUUCUAGCUUUUUUGCAACAAGGCCUGGAUUUAGGACUAUUGCCUCUGCUAGACGGGUGUCAGACUUAGGAGCUUUGUCCUGUCGUUCACCCUUUUUGAUUUUUCAUCAUGACCGUGCAGUUCUUAGAACUCACCCAGGUUAUCUACCUAAGGUGGUGUCAUCUUUCCACCUUAACUAAGAGAUUGUGGUUCCGGCCUAUAACUCUUCUGGAUUGUCCUCCAAAGAAUGGUCUUUGGAUGUGGUCCGGGCUCUCCGUAUAUAUGUGGAGAGCACUGUCUCCAUCAGGAGGUCAGAUACCCUUUUUGUACUGUUUGGUUUUCACAAACGUGGCUGGCCUGCGAACAAGCAAACCUUGGCCAGAUGGAUUAGGAUGUUGGACCUUCUUGGGCGGCCCGCCAUGGCGUGUCCGCAGAACAAUUGUACUAGGCGGCUAUGUGGUCCUCAGUGAACAUGUUCAUCAGGUUCUAUGCCUUUGAUACUUCCGCCUCCCAGGAUGCUUCUUUUGGACGCCGGGUUCUUGUGUCUCAGUGUACCCUGCUGCAGAAAAGGAGAGUUAUGGUAGACUUACCAUAGUUAAAUCUCUUUCUGCGAGGUACACUGGAUUCCACAGAGCGCCCACACUGACGCACUUAGCUUAUUUGGGUUUGUAUGGCAUUAGCCGCUGGUCCCUUCUCCUGUCGUGAGAACGUGGUUGUAUGUGACUAACAUCUGCCGUCUCUUACCUGCUACUGCAUUGGACUGGUUAAUGAAACUGAGCUCCAGUGCCCAUAGGCGGGGAUAUAGAGGACGCGCUGCAGUGCAUCCUGGGAACAGUCAAAGCUUUAACCUGUUGGUGCCUCGGAUCAAGAUCCAACUCUACACCCCGAUGUAUUCCCUGUGGAAUCCAGUGUACCUCGCAGAAAGAGAUUUAACUAUGGUAAGUCUUACCAUAAAUCUCCUUUUCAAUUGCUGUUUUUAAUAAUAUUAUACUGUGAAGUCUUUAGUGUAUGUUAUUUUGAUCAUUUUGUGCAUUAAUAACGUGACUAUAUAAUAGGAGCUCUUCAUUUCAGGACUGAACAGUGUGUAAUUUACGAUUUGUUAAUGUAAAAUACAGUUGUUUCUGUCUGAACUUACAGGAGUAUCAAUCAUCCAUGACAAGGCUAUUAAAUUAUAUUAAACCCGUGUACUUAGUUGCACGAUGGUGUUCCACCUGAUUGUGUGGUUUCAAAGCACAAAAGAGCGAGUCAUUCCUAAUAGAAUAAAAAUAUAAGUACAAGUAUCGCCAAUUACAGUCUUUGCCUGGGUCAGGUUGGUACAAUGUAUACACAGUAAACAAUAUAGAAGUACCCUAGUAACACACAGUACAGUUUAGGUAAGUUGGUCACUACACCACAGGUUACAGGAUAAAGAGAUGUAUUGGGACAAGCUUUCAUCUGUCUUCUUGAGUCAUGGGAACCUCUUACUUGUCAUCGUUGUUGUAUCCAUGUGGCUUAUAUCUUCAGCCAAUCACCACUCAGAGUAACAGCUUUACAGGUAAAACAGGAAUCUAGUAGCAGCAUGUGUAUUUACCAGCCAAACCGUAACUAUAUGCCGUGAGAUCACUUCCAUAGUCACAUAUAUUCAUACAAGUAUAUACAGUGCAAUAUCUUACACAGGAAAUUGUAUUAUGUCAUAAAGAAAACAAACGCUAAUAUACAAUAAUGUGUGAUAUUGAAAUGGAAUAUUUACGUAUAUGAAAAAUAAUAAACAUACAGAAAGCUGUUCA